UCCUUACAGAGUUGAACGUACAACACCUUUUGACAGCAAAGUAUUAACGGACAUUUAAAUACAACAUUAGCCGGCCGCCCCUCGCUUUUUGUUGUUCGGUUUAUGCGAUGCUCGCUUGCUUCGUCUUUUCAUCCGCUUCAGAAAGUUACUUUUGCUACUUUAUUUUGGUCAAAAGGUAACGUUAGUUAGUGAAGCUAACGUUAGUUCCGCCUUGUCCCCCCCUCCCUCCUCCCCACCCCUUCUGAUGGACAGCGGCGACAAGUGUCAAAAGUAAUCAGGGACGAGAGACAACGAGAUACAGGGGGGGAAAAAAAUACUUCUCCUGCCGUUUGUAUAAACUUCCACGCCAGGUAUCCACGGUGAAGAAGCUACUGCUGAGUUUGGAACACUGUGAUGGAAAAUCCUGACGAUGAGGUUGACCUGCAGCACAGCACCACAGGAGGCGAAGAAGGAAGCUCUGGUGGGGGAACACCUCCGACCAAACGUAAAGGCAAGUUCUCCAAGAUGGGGAAUAUCUUCAAGCCCUGGAAAUGGAGGAAGAAAAAGCCAAGUGAGAAGUUUGCCGAAACGUCGAUAGUCUUGGAAAGAAGAAUUUCUGUUCGAAAAAGUCGCCAAGAGUUGAUUGCCAGAGGCGUUUUAAAGGAUGACCCAGAAAAUGAGAGCAGCAGCAACGACGUGAACCACUCCAAAGCUGCGCCGGUGAAGAAUGGGCAUCCCGUGGACGCGGACAGGACGUCUGAGCCGGUGCGAGUGUCUCGAGGGGAAUCCGACCUCAAGGGGAACGCCCUCAGGCCGCCCCAAGUGGACGAGCGUCGAGGCCGGGCGCCGUCAGACGCCUCCCGCAGUAACCGGGCGCCGCUGGACGUGGACUCCCACGCGCGGCUCUCCGCGGACCUGGACAAACGGAGCCGCCUCCCGUCAGACGUUGAUAAGAGGGCGGGAUCGUUGCCCCGAGGGCCGCCGCAGGACGACCGAUACCGCAGAGAAGAGAAGCAGCGGGACGACAGGGAGGACAGAGGAAGAAAGACCAAGGAGGACUUGGACAGAAAAGACUUGCGAGAGGAAAAGGAACGGGACGGGGGAGUCGAGCGCAGGGACAGGCGAGAGUGGAAGGAUGACAGAGCGGAGAGAGACAAUAGGGAAAGGAGAGACCGCGAGGAGAGGGAAAGGAAGGACCGGGACGAGAGGGAAAGGAAGGACCGCGACGAGAGGGAGCGCCGAGACCGGGACGAAAAGGAGCGCAGGGAGCGGGACGAUCGAGAGCGGAGGGAUGACCGGGACAAAGAUAAGGAUCGGCGGGUCGAGAGGGACAGGAGAGAGAACAGAGAACCAGAAGACAGGGAGAGGCAAGACGACCGAGACAGGCGAGACGACCGAGAGAGAAGAGACGAAAAGGACAGACAUGACGACUGGGCCAAGAGGAACGAAAGAGAGCGGCGCGAGAAGAGGGAGGAGAAGGAGAGGAGGGAAAAGCCGGAGCCUCAGCGGCCCGCAGACGAGCCGCGGCCAAACGGCAGGCCCGUCCCCGAGGUGGACUUGCGCCCCCCCCUCCAGAAGUCCUCCUCAGAGGACAACAAGAAGGCUCGCCCAGCCUCCGAGGCCGACAAGAGCACGACUCUGCCCAGAUACAGCCAGGCUACAGAGUUCAGAGACCGCUCAGAGUCCGUUGGCGUCCGCUUCGCCCCUGAACCUCGUCCACCAAAAGACCCUCAGCAUGAACCCCCAUCAAGCAAACUGGCGCUGCAACCCCCUAAAUUUCUUACUCCUGCUGCUCCCACCGAUUCUGGCAAGAGUUCGGCCCCCUCUUCUUCGUCUUCGUCUAUGUCCUCCUCGUCCUCUUCUUCGUCCUCUGUUGCCGUGGCUGUGGCGAAGCCCCCAAGGACAGUCUCCCUCAUACUUGAGGACCUAUCUCGACCAGCUUCUUCGGCGGACUCCGACCUGCCGCCGCCAGUCCCCCCGCACGCCAAGCAGCCCCCCGUCCCGCCUCCCAAACCCAGCAACCGCAACAGCAGCCCUGCCCUGUUUGCUUCCUCCCUGAACAGGGGCUCAAAGGUCAGCCCGCCCCGCCAUUGGACAAGCUGGAGGCGCCAGAGCGAGCUGGGCCAGUACCUUUCUCUCCCUGUGAGCCUACCUCAUAGAGCCUUGCAGGCCUGCUCAGCUGAGUUCUCGCAGCCCGGCAGUGGUGUCAUCGUAGUGCCAGCACACGCCAAGCGCUCGCCACCAACGCCCCCGAAGAGAAUGACCCCUGUCACCAAGCGCCACUCUGAUGACCCAUCGCCUCCCAACCCGGACCCGAAGCCUCCCACCACGGCCCCGGCGCCCCCUGCUGGCCUUAAAGGAGAUGGCGACGCAGCGACGCGCCAAACCUCCGCCGAGCGUCCGGCGUCACCACCAACCCACAUACCCCCGUCUCCUCCCAGGGUUCAGUCCCUGCAGCCAGCCAGCAAAGUUCCUUCUGGCCCCGUGCCACCGGUGAAAAUCGAUCCCCCCAGCCCGACCACCGAGCCUCCCAGCCAGCCCCCGUCCAUCCCCCUGCACAUCCUGAUCCAGAGAGCUCUAAAAAGCCCCCUCCCGGCGCAGCCCAACCCCGACGGCUCCCAGAGGGCCCACUCCCUGCUGUUUGAGCCGCCUCCAGAUUUCCUCACCGAGGCAGGGGGGGGGAACUCGCGGCACUCUCUGCCCGUCACCAUUGAGCCGCUCAGGCUGCAAGAAGACGACGACUUUGACAUUGAGGAGGAGCUGCAGAAGCUUCAACCCAAGAGGCUUCCUCGCCAGCCCAAUCUGGAGCCCCGCAGCAGGAGGGGUUUAGUGGGAGACCCCCGAGUCAGUGUCAUCCCCGAGGGGGGAGGCCCCGGGGACGGCGAGGAUUCAGACUCCGACGGCCCCGUCCUGUACCGCGACGCAGAGGAGGACGAAGAGGACGAGGAUGACCCUCCUAGUGGGCUGGCAGGUCGUGUGAAGAGGAAGGACACGUUGGCCUUGAAGCUGGAAAAGCAAGAAAGAGAGGAAAGGGAAUCUCAGGAGAACCAGGACAGCAUGAGUUGGCAAAACAAGGAGCAGUGGAUGACCGUGAGGAACAAGAUCGGCACGGCACUGACGAGGCGGCUGAGCCAGAGACCAACAGCGGACGAGUUGGAGCAGAGGAACAUUCUUCAAGCCAAGAAUGAAGAUGACCGGCGAAUGGAGCGAUCCGAGAUCAAACGGAGGCUAACGAGAAAGCUGUCCCAGAGACCCACGGUGGCCGAACUCGAGGAGCGGAAGAUCCUGCGUUUCCACGAGGACGUCGAGAGCACCCACGCGCACGACUACGACCGGCGAGCCGAUAAACCGUGGACCAAGCUCACUCCUGCUGACAAGGCUGCCAUCCGCAAGGAGCUCAAUGAAUUCAAGAGCUCUGAGAUGGAGGUUCACGAGGAGAGCAGGAUCUACACCAGGUUUCAUCGGCCUUAGCUCGACAAUGCUGACCAGUAGAGCACUUGCACUGGGACUGGCGAGGAGUCUCUCUCCUCACCUGUGAGCCGAGCGCGUGGCCCAUUUGGUCCGUUUUUGUUGUUGUUGUUGUUUUGAACGGAGUUGAAAAAAAGCCACAGUUGAACCUCCGGGUGGUUCUCGGAUAGGCUCCAGUUUCUCUGGAGUGUGGCAUUCAGGGACAGGAGGAGUUAGUUGGUACAUCCAUAACUGAGGUACCGUGUGCCAACACUGAGGAAGAACCUCGCGCCAUCUGCCCGGGGUGGGGUGGGGGGGCUCCGUCAGACUUGGAUUGGACCGAAAGGAGAACCGUCACACUGUCCCUCGGGGGAAAGCAUUCUCCACAUGCCUUCACCCGCCUUUAUCUUCUACUUCCACUCUUUGAUGCAGCGCAUGACUAUGCACAUAAAAGAGAUCACUGUAGUUCCGAUGGUAGCACCAAGUCGCUGUGAGCUGCUCUUUAUAUUUACGCGUUGGUUACUACAAAUGUCUACGCCGCAACCCGCCUUACUUAUUUAAGGUUCACACAGAAUGUGACCGGCUUCCGUACAGCAGUGUGCUUUCUAUUUAAGGCUCAGUUGUAGCCCUAUUUGAUUUGAAUCAACGGUUUGAGCCAUGUGACCUCCACCGCGCUCAUUGGUACCUAAAUAUUUGAAAGUGUGCAUUUUACUGUAUUUCAUUCAUUUAAAUGAUUCUCAUGAAACACGUGUCACUAGAAUUUUUCUAAUAAGGCACCUUAUGUUCUUUAAUAGGCUGUGGAGAGAAUUAAAUAGUUCCGAGCCUAUAAUUCUGUUUAUAAAUGAAAUAUUCAAGCAGGAAAAUGUACAUAUUUUUAUUUUCCUGGCUGUUUUAUGGUACUUUAUAUAUGCAUGUCCAUAUUUGGCUGCAACUGUAUAGAUCAAUGAUGUAGAUGUGAUAGACUUUAUAUUGUACAUCCACAUUAAUGCUGACAUGUUUUAAUUGUAAAGUAUUUCUCAAAUGUGUUUCCAAGUAGUAAUGGUACAAAAUGUUUCCCCUUUUUUUGAUACGGAGAUCUUUAAAUCUUUUUUUGCAAAGCACACUGGAUAAAUGAACAAUCCACUUUGGAAAUUAAAAAAUGAUGUGAUUUUCAUUUCA